GCACUCUGCACGAUGUCAGGAGCCUUGGCAGGCCAGGGGGAGGCAAAUCUCCAGCCCCCUUUCAUGCUGUGCAAUCAUACCAUACUUUUACCUCAACAGACUUCCUGCCCUCCGCUCAGCAGAGAGAGGAUAUAAAAUAGUCUAGGCCAGAUCAAAGGCUCCAUCCUCUGAAGAACCUCCUCCCGUGUACUCCGUUGGGCUGUGUGAAGUCUAAACACUUCUAGCUAUGGCUUAUGUCUGGAAUCCAGGUGAGGAAGCUGACAUUGCCUCUUUCAUGGACAACAGCACAUACCUCAACUACUACGAUAGCAACAAUGACACCUUGCUCUGUGGCUCCGACACCACCCAGGCAUUCAGGCGCUAUUUCCUGCCUCCCUUCUACAUCCUGAUUUUCCUCCUGGGGCUCUGUGGGAAUGUGAUGGUGAUUGCUGUCUUGCUGCGUGCCAAGGAAUCCCUACCUGGGACGGAUGUGUUCAUCUUGCACCUGGCUGUUGCAGAUGUUCUCCUUGUGUUGACUCUUCCAUUCUGGGCUGUCCAGGCCGUGCACAGCUGGGUCUUUGGGGACGUCAUGUGCAAGAUGGUUGGCAGCGUUUUCAAGAUCAACUUCUACGCUAGCAUCUUCUUCCUGGUCUGCAUCAGCUUCGACAGGUACCUCUCCAUUGUUUACGUCAUUCGCAUGUACAACAGGGGCAGGUCCUCUCUCAUCCUCCUCAGCUCGUUGGUCGUUUGGGUUCUCUGCAUUCUCCUCACGCUUCCGGAUUUCAUCUACCUGACCUCUGAACCCGAUUCCCGCCAAAACACCACCUCGUGCACCCUCAAUUUCCCCCCGGGCUCGAGCUCAGCCAAGUUCUUCAUUCGCAUCUUCAGCCAACUUCUUGCCUUCUUCCUCCCACUGGUAGCGAUGACCUGUUGCUACAUCAGGAUCAUCCUCAGCCUCAUGAACUCCAAAGGCUCCAAGAAGAACAAGGCCUUCAGAGUCAUCCUCGCUGUGGUGGUUGUCUUCUUCCUCUGCUGGACUCCUUAUCACUUGGUGGAGUUUAUCGAGAACCUGAUUGAUUUCAACGCCCUGCAGAAGGAUUGCGAGUGGGAGGCCAAACUGGACAUGGCCGAGACAGUCACUACCAGCUUGGGAUUCUUCCACUGCUGCCUCAACCCACUGCUCUACGCUUUCGUGGGCGUCAAGUUUCAGAACAGGUUCCUCAGCCUUCUCGAAUCCUUUGGCUGCGUCAGCCAUGCGUUCCUGCAGAGACAUGCCAGGAGCUCCAGCCACAGGAGAGAUUCAACUUGGUCUGAGAGCACAGAGGCCUCCUACUCGGGGCUCUAGUAAGCCUAGAGUUUCCCUAUUCAUCCAGAGUUUCCCUGUUGUUGAGCCAGCCAGUCAACAGCUUUUAAGAGAGUCGAAAGUGGCAUCCUUCUCGAUGCACCCAUGCAUUUACAUUGCCCCACUCUCAACACAACCAACCUGGGUUUACAGAUUUCUGAAAUAACACCCACACACGCCCUUCACAACCUAUUUACCAGGGGUGACAGUCAGAUGAAUGUUCACACUGUGAGCAGCGGUUGUUUCUUUCGUACCGCUUUUUAAAAACAGCGAAAAAGUUAUCACUAGGCUAGCGCUGAAUGGAGCCUCCUGGGGUCUGGGCCUCAACGUAAUUCAAAAGUAGGCUUCCAAGAUUCUGAAGAACUACCCUUCAAAAUAUGGGUUUGGGGAUUUUGAUUCUUGAAACGUCCAUUUCCAUCCACAAGGAUUUUCUAGGGGUUUUUUUUUUGAAAGCUUUCUGGUGAACAUAGCUAUUUCACACUUCACUUACACAAGUCACACCCCUUUGGUGUUUACGUUCAGGUUUUGUUUUUUUCUUCACUUCCUCACCACAAAGUCUCAGACGAAGAGUUGUGACUUCAGAGUUUCUGAGACUCGCACCCAAGACAUUUUGAAUGUAAAUAUUUUUGGAACUUUGGAACUUCCGCCCAGUGAACAACAUGGAACCAGAGAGCUCUCUUGAGCUCACGCCCGGCUUCUGGGAUUCCCACAGAUGUCUAGUUGGCCACAGUGAGAGCGGGAUGUUGGUCUAGCUAGGUCAGGGGUAUGGAAUCCUUUUCCGCCAAGGGCCAUGUUCCCUUCUGGGGGCCACAUCCCAGUGGUGGGUGGGACCAGAGGCAAAAGCAGGUGAAGGAACAAGUGUGCAUUUUUUUACUUUUGUAUUGGGGAGGGGCAGAGAGGGAAUACAGCAAAGGUGAGGUUUCUGAUAUGCACACACAUUUCUCCAUCCAUGCAAGUAAAGGCAGGAUCACAGGCCAGGGGCACAUUCCUUCCAGAGAGGGGAGCCAAGUGGGUGGGGGCAGGGGGCCACCACCCCAAAUUUCCCCAUUACACACCUGCAUGCCCUGCUGUGUGUGACGCCAGGACGCCCCGUGACAUCCACACAUGCUGGGGGGCAUGCUGACAUCACGUGGCCUAGGGCCACUCAGUCACGGGGGCAAGGCAGCUCGCAUGCUUCCAUGCAAGACCCUCCAAGUCUCCCUGUUUUCCAGGGAUGGUCCCAAAUUCACAGCAGCCGUCCCAGCUUCUGAUUUGAUCCCAGAAUGUCCCACUUUUCCUUAGGACGUCCCUAUUUUCAUCAGAGAAAUGUUGGAAGACACUGAGUUUUGCGACCCCGCAGCCAAGGAGAUAAGUAACUAUACAACCUUUAGAAGACGUCUGAAGGCAGCCCUGUAUAGGGAAGUUUUUAAAUGUUUAAUGCUUUAUUAUGCUCUUUUAUAUGUUGGAAGCCGCCCAGAGUGGCUGGGGCAACCCAGUCAGAUGGGCAAGGUAUAACUAAUAAAAUUACUAUGGAAUAAGACGUCCCUGUUUUUAUCGGAGAAAUGUUGGGGGGGUGCUCUGAGAUAGGUGUUUCGCCUGAUCCAGCCUGGUUAUAUUUCCAUGGGAUGUCCAAGGGAGCCUGUUGAACCGGGUGCUGGAGCCAAAUACGCGAGGAAGAGUGAUGCCUUCACACCCUGGUCAUCAGCUUCCAGCUGUCCCCUGUCAGAAGCAUGAUGCUAGGCUAGAUGAGCGCUUGGUCUGACACAGCAGGAAUCUUCUAAGGUUUUUCGGUCGGUUCCAUGAGCACCUGAGCAUCUCAUCUGCCACAGCUGUGCUCACAAAGAAAAUAUGUCAUAGGUGAGUGCCUGUACCUGCAGCUCCCAGAAUUCUUUGGGGGGAAGCCACGACUCUUCAAAGUGGUAUCAUAGCACUUUAAAUGUGUGAAUGUGGUCCUAGCAGAUAACAAAUUAAAAGGGAGUCCAUCCAAAUGAAAGUCCAUGCGCCACCUUGUGGACAAUGUUGAAAACUACAGACACCCAAGUACCAGAAAAGGGUUGAUCA